CUUCAACCAAAAACAUGUCUUGAGCGAUUCUGUCUAAUGGUCACCAGCAUGAGUCUACAUCAUAAUGGCAAAGAAAAGGAAGCAUGUAGAUCGCGAUGAAGACACCAGUCAGGUUCCAGCCAGAAUAGUACCUCCGAGUGAGCCAUUACCGGAAGGUGUCCACCACUAUGAAACAAUCGAAGAAGUACCGUGGGAUGUGCAGAAGUACUGGCAUCAAGGCUACUCCAUCUUUUCGAAAUAUGAUGAUGGUAUAUGGAUGACCGACGAUGCCUGGUAUGGUGUCACGCAUGAGUCUGUUGCGAACACAAUAUCUCAGCAUGUGUCGGAAGCAGCACCACCAAACAGGUCCAUCAUCAUUGAUGCAUUUUGUGGAGUGGGUGGAAACACCAUUGCCUUUGCGCUCUCUGGCAAGUGGAAGAGAGUCUAUGGUAUUGAGAAGGAUGCCGCAACAUUGGCUUGUGCCAAACACAAUGCAGAAAUCUAUGGCGUAUCCGACAAGAUCACUUGGUUUCAUGGUGACUGCUUCGAGAUUCUAGGAGCUAUGGAUGGCAGAACGGAGAAGACUGUCGACGCGCUUAAAGCAAUUGCCGGCCAAUUCGGCAUCAUUUUUGCCAGCCCGCCCUGGGGAGGACCUUCGUACAGCAACACUGAAGUCUUUGACCUGGAGUCGAUGGAGCCUUACACGUUCAGUCAUCUCUACAAGGCCUUCGGAAAGGUGACUUCAAAUAUGGUACUCUACUUACCUAGAACGAGCGACUUGAGACAAAUUGCCCAGGUGGUUGACGGGGACAAGAAGAUUCAAGUUAUUCAUUACUGUACCAAUGGCAGCAGCCGAGCAUUGUGCACCUACCUUGGAGACUGGGCUCUCCUGAAGCUAAGUCCCGCGUCGUCGAACGGGUAUUGAGGGAUAUCUGGAUGAUAUCUGUCAAGUAGCAGUAUACAAACUUGAGACCUUCUACCGACAACCGUGGCAGGGAUGUCAUCCUACUAUGUGGAAGUGGAAAUGACAAGGCUGCGGAUGAUUGGCAAGGCUGCACCUGAAGUGGCGGUGAUGGGCGUGUCGCUUAACUUGCCGC